UAUGUUCCUCUAGGAAUUAAAGGAUAUAAUAAAAAUAAUGGAGCUAUGUAGCCAGAAAACUGACUGUUACAAUCUCCAGGAUGUCUCACAGCCAGGCAGUCACCAGUCACAAAUAGCUAAAACCGAUGAGUCACGCACUUUAGGGAUGGAUGCAACGUUUUCAUCUAACGACCCCUACCUCUUCGCCAACUCAAUCUUAUGUUAGCUAAUAGUGCCCAUCGAAGAAGAUGAUAGCUCGGUAUGUGUGCCACGUGACCUAGUCAUCUUAAUGUAUGUAGCUUUGUGAUCUCUUCGAUUCAAUCUCUGUCUCUCUCCCUCCCCACCAAACACUUCGCCUAAUCACAAUUUUACCUACCAUAUUAUACUACCCAUACAUGAAGACUUAUGAUCAAAGACAUUUAACCUUUUCAUAUAUUUACACUUUUAACGAUUAUGUCUCACAGACAGAAACAACAGCAAAGACAACUGACGUGCAGCAUACACAUCCUUCGAUUGAUAACUGGAUAUCACGGAAUAUGGAGACUAUAAUACAUCAAUUACCAUGAAUGAAUUAAAACACAGGCCAGGUAAAAAAACACAUAGAGCAGAAUAAAACAGAUCUAUUUUAUCCAGUUGGUAUCCUGACCGAAAGCUGCUACCUUGACGUGGUGGUCGGGCUUGAACACCGCAAUGACCUAAUCAAGCUAUACUGGCUGAGACUUAUGUCUCUUGAGGUUCUACCAUGCCAGGCAGGUUGUUUGGAUAGCGGUUAAACAAAAAGCAGCUACCUCAUCCAAUACCAUGAUCCAAACAAAUUCACAAAAUUUCAUGCCGGAUCGGCCGUGGCCCGGAUUAACAACGACCGCGCUUCCUGCUGCCGUGUCACAGGGCGGGAGUGAUAAGUAUGCUACUGAGGCACACCAAACAAAAAAGAACAAACAAAAACAGGCCGCGUGUGACCGGCCUCAAGCAGUUGUCCCCUGGGCUCUGCGGUCACGCAACCAACUUCCACGGUGUGGGCAGCCGGGAAGUAACAAACGCCCUCACAAUCCGAAAUACACACAAAACCUCUCUAAUCCUCACUUAUCUUUGUCUUCAUCUUCAUCUCUAUUACCUUGCCUUCCUUCCACUGAUGCAACUCCUCUACUUGAUGGCUCCUCACUCCCUCUUCACUCUGUGUCCACUAAAAACGACGAAAGCCAAAAAACCACCACGGAUAGUCUCCUAAAGCCACGCCACCAAUUUCAUAUAGGAGCAUUUAAUGUUAGGACACUUUGCCAAAUAGGACAACAAGCAUCACUAGCUAAGACCCUGGCAUCUCGAGCCAUUGAUGUAUGUUGUGUUUCAGAAACACGCAUACAAGACCCAAGUGUGGUUAUUCACCUAACCCCACCUGGCCAACAGGAUGAAUCUUCAAAAUUCACCUUGAGGGUGUCAGGAGAUGCCACAGCUAGUUCACGAGGAUUAGCUGGCGUAGGGAUAGCUCUGAGUACUAGGGCAGAAAAGACAUUGCUUGACUGGAUCCCGGUAGAUAGCCGAAUGUGUGCUGUCCGUCUGAACGGAUCAGUAAGAAGGAGAAAGGACUGCACUACUCGCCGAUGCCUUUUCGUAAUCUCCGCCUACGCCCCCACUGACUGCAGUUCAGAUGAAACGAAGGAUGAGUUCUACCAAAAGCUGUCUAGUUUGGUGAGAAAGGCUAAACGCUCAGAUAUAGUCGUUCUAGCUGGUGACUUUAACGCUCAAGUAGGGAAAUUGUGUCAAUCUGAGAAGGAUGUCGGUGGCACCUAUGGAGUUCCGUGCCAGCGAACCGACAACGGUGACCGUCUCCUACAGUUCUGUUCAGAUAAUCAUUUGUUUCUUGUAAGCACUAACUUUAAACACAAGGAGAGACACUGUUUAACCUGGCGACCCCCAUCAUCAAACCAACGCUGGACACAAAUAGACCACAUAGCAAUAAGCUAUCGUUGGCGUGGGUCGGUAGGAGAUUGUCGCUCCUUCUGGAACACGUGUGUAGAUACCGAUCACGCACUGGUCCGGGCUCGUGUGUGCUUACGACUGAACGGACGUAGGAAACAGCUGGCGGUAAAACCAUCACGUCCCCAGCUCGAUCAGGAAACUAAAUCCCUAUUUGAGGAAGAACUAGCUAAACACAUAUCUGAAUUCGACAGCUGUGCUCACCCUGGAGAAGCCUGGAAGAAUAUUCAGUCAGCUAUAGAUACAGCUGUAAAAGCUGUGAAUAAGGCAAAUCCAAAGGUGAGUAAAAACCACUGGAUUUCGACUGCCUCAUCCGAACUGAUAGAUGCUAGAAGACUUAUUCCGGCGAGCUCCGAAUUCAAUGAGGAGCGAAAGCUGCACAAAAGGAAACUUACUAAAAGUCUCCGCAAGGACCGUGAACAGUGGUGGCUGACAAAGGCAAAAGAGAUGGAAAAAGCAUCGGCGAUAGGCAACACUAGGCAACUCUUUAGACUCAUCACAGAAUCGGGUGGGAGAAGGCAAUUCAUAAGUGAGACUAUUUCUGAGAAAAAUGGCUCCUUAAUUAGCUCUCAGGAUAGACGCCUUGAACGCUGGAAAGAACACUUUGAGGGACAAUUUAACUUGCCUACAGCCACACUGAACCUCCCCAACAUCCACACACACCCGAAUGGGAUAUAGACACUGGUCCGCCGUCUGUAAGUGAGGUCACAAAAGCUAUCAGUAAUUUGAAACGAGGCAAAGCGGCAGGACCCGACGGAAUUAUUCCGGAGGUGUUUAAAUAUGGGGGUGACAUACUAGUUUGUAGAUUAACUGAGGUACUAGGCAAAGUCUGGGAAUCAGAGACAGUGCCAUCAGACUGGGGUAAGUCACU